UGAAGGGAGGUGGUUCGCUGUUUGUGUUACAGUGUUCCCAGUAGUUCUUCACGCAGGGGCUACCUCUCUCUGCUCUCCUUCAACUACAAUGGCAGAGAGGAGGUUCACUCGUGGAUUAACUAAGCUAGGAACAGCAGCUCAGCUGAGAGAAAAUGUUUCUCAAGCUGUGAAAGCAACAGCAAUUCAGCAAGCUAAAUCCCGCUUGGUGGAGCCCUUGGAUUUUGAAGACUACAUUGACAAGAACAAGGUUCUCCUCAGUAAUGAUCCUGUGCGUGAGGUGCUGCUCAUCCCUCAUGAUGCAGUGCAAUACACAACAAUUGCAAGGGAGCAGCGCACAUUGCACUGCCUUGCGUCGGUGGUGCAGUCUGGGGAGGUACAAAGUCCCUUGGUGCGCCAGUGUCUGCACACAUAUUGUUCACCGCACUCAGUUGUCACAUACAAGGACGGCGCGUAUGCUGGGUCUUACUUUCAACUCCCAAGAUUGCCAAAGCUGGAGGAUUUGAAAGAACAAGUCUAUGAAGUGGACACGGACAUUGAACAAGGAGACAUGACUGUGCUCAACACGGGGGAAAACAUUCUCAAGAAAGGGUAUCUACUCAAAGGGCCAGAUUCUGCUAACGAGAAACUCUUCAGUAAUUUUUCAGCCAAGACAUUCAAACGGCGCUUUGCCUGCUUACGGCAGGAGGUGGACGGCACUUAUCUGUUGGAGUUUCACAAAGAUGAGAGACGCCAUGACUCUAAGGGCACAAUCGUCCUAGACUUCUGCACUGCCGUCAAUAAGAACCCUGCUCGCGGAGCUUGUUGCUUCGAGCUGCAGCUGUCAGCAGCAGGUGGUGGAGGUGUGAGCGUUCUGUCAGCUGAAAGCCAUGCUGACAUGGAGGACUGGACUGACAAGCUCACGCGCGUCUUGCACGCUGACAAGGCCAAUGAGCUCACUCCUGACAGAACCAGGGAAAAAGUGAGUCCAUCAUCUGGAGUGGCGACGCCGCUGUCAUCGGCAGCAAGCAUAAGCAACGGUCAGUACGGAACACUGCGCAGCCUGCAGCACAGCCUCAGCCCUCACCUCGCUAAGCUCGCCAACGAGAACUCCUACAGCCGUCAGCAGGGCAGGCAGCUCGCUCGCUCCAACCUCUUCAAUUGCUGCCCAGAUAUCAAACGUGGAGAGGACCUGUCCUACUCCCCCAUGGAGUGCUGGGACGAGUCUGGGGUGAGCCUCCCUGCGGAGUUCGGUACUGCGGGGGUGAGGGUGCGCGCCGCCUGUGAGAGCCUCAAGUUCCGCCUGCAGGCGCCUGUUGAUGCUUCCAUAGACGGCCCCAUGUCGCAGUUGGAACCUUACAUCACGCACCUGGCCCUCUACAACGUUGCAACUGGCAGCAAAAUUUCUGAAGACUUUUACUUCGACUUGAACUCCCCCAUGGCGCGGAGUUUACUGCAGGGGGGAACUCCGGGUCUUGGUAGCGGGUGUGGGAGACUUCGUUUGGAUUCUGGAGGACCUCGCAGCAGAGGAGGAGGCGCUGAAGGAGAGGUCGGCAGUAGCAACUGCCCCGUUACCGUUCCCCUCAACCUAGCGGGGGUUCCAGAGGAAUGGCUUGCGUAUCCCAAACAGUGCGUGUUCAGCUGCACUCGUCCGUCCCCAAACGUGUUUCUGGUGGUGGUGAUUCAGAAGGUCCUUCAAGGCGGCGUGUCUUCUGUGGUCGAGCCUUACCUUAAACACCACCAGGACCCUAAAGCCCUCGCUCGGCUCCAAAAGACCAUCAAAACUUGUUGCUCGAGGCUGAGUCAGUAUCGCAUGCCCCUGGGGUGGGCAGCGCGGCAGCUCUUCACCGCAGACGGAAAGCUCGAUCCCAAUACCGACUUCUCUCCCAUCUAUAAGUUUGAUGAGAAGAAGACGAGCGAGUCUGAAAUGAUCAAGCUACUUAAUGACCUCAAGAAGGCUGACAAGCUCAAUAAAUUCACCGUCAUCCCUGGCAGCUUGAGCAUUAAACUUAGCUUGAUGGAAGUCACCACACCAAACUCUUUGACGCCUUCACUGGAACCCGUGGUGCCUUUCCCGAACCCUCCUACCCACGAACCGACCAUCGAAGUGCAGGAGUUUCCCUCAGACCAGCUGGAGGACGCUCAGCCCUACUGGUCCUACGUGAACCACCUGUACGUGUACCCCCGCCACCUCAACUACGAGAACCAGAAAAUAUUCGGCCGAGCUAGAAAUUUGGUUUGCGUCGUCGAGCUGCGCGAUUCUGACGCAGAAGGUGCCGUGCCCCUGCGGGUGGUGUACUCGAGGCCGUGCCAGGGCGGUGGUGCUGUGGGCACCCUCACCACCUCCGCCACCACAGUCGUCCUGCACCAUAACUCCUUCCCGGAGUGGGGAGACGAGAUCAAGUUGGCGCUGCCCCACAACCUCACGAGCAACCACCACUUGCUGUUCACCUUCUGCCACCUGGCGAUCGAGGGCGCCAAGGCUGGCAAGAAGGACGAGCCUGUAGAAGUCGUCGGCUAUGCCUGGUCGCCUCUUUUGUUCAAGGGCAGACUCAACACUGAGGACCAGACGCUCCCUGUUGCUGCUCAUUUACCCGCCAAGUAUUUGUCUGUUGAGCCCUUCGGUCUGGACAAAGGGUUUGCCGGUCCUGAGGUGCGGUGGGUGGACAGUCAGAAGAACGUGUUCCGAUAUCGCAGUCGCCUGCUGUCUUCUGUCCUGACCAACGACCAGCACCUGCACAACUUCUUCCAGACAACCUCAGCUCUGCUCACGCCUCCCCAGACUCCUACCACGUCUUCAGGCAGCUCUUCAUCCAAUCCUUUUGCCAACGCCUUCAGCGGUGCCCUCAACAACGGGACGCCCCAUCCCCCUGGGGGACUUGAGAAUGGACUCAGCGACUCCGUGUCUGGCGCAUAUCGCAAGCGCACAGACUCAGGCUCCGAAGCUGCCAGCCUACACAGCGAAGAAAAGAGCUUCAGAUAUUCCAGGAAUACUUCUGGUUCUAAUGUUCCCAACGCCGAAACUCUUAGCGCAAUAUCUGGAAUAUCCGCAAUUUCUGCCAUCUCCCCUGCCAUAUCCACGCCCAAGUCAAGCAGGAGCUCUUCUGUCUCGACGCUCGUUGGCUCAGGCUCUGUCAAGACGGGGCCUUCAGAAGCUGAGACUGUCAGGAAUGUCAAGGCGCUGCUGGGUCUGGACACGGACACGUUCAUCAGGUUCCUGCCAAGUGUGCUAGACCGUCUGUUGCUGGUGAUGAUGGCUGGUGGUGGUGAGGUGGGCUGCAGCGUCGUCACCACGCUCGUCGAGCUGCUCACUCGUCUCCACAACGCCAACAGACUCGACCUUGUGCACACUUACAUCAAGUACCAAGUAAGCGUGGAGCAGCGCAGUCGUGCGGCGCCCCCCGCGGGCCAGGGAGGCUGCAGCCUGCACGAGGCCCUCGCCCGCGCCCUGGCCACGGUGCUGCGCCCUCCCGUCACCGACCAAAGUGUGUGCGACGCAUCGCUGCAGCAGACGCCGUUGCUGCUCCCUCUGCUGCUGCGCGCCAUGGCGACGUCUCUUCUCACCUCCAACAGAAUCAAGAAGGAUCGUCGUGAACGGUUCAGCUCGUCGUUUAACUCUUGGGUGCGGAGCUUAGUAGAGUCAGUGACUCAUCACAUCACCCAGCAGAGCAAACAACCGCACGCUCGCACUGCCAACACCGCACUCGCGCUCUUCAUUAAACGCAUGCUGACCCUGAUGGACCGCGGGUUCGUGUUCAGCCUCGUGAAGGUUUACCUGGAGGCGUUCAGCCCCGGCGACCGCGUGGGUCUGCAGCUCAUGAAGCUGUCGUUCCUGCGCAUCGUGUCCGCGCACCCCCACUACGUGCAGCUCAACCUGCCCAUCUUUGACACCGCCCACCUUGCCAAGGAGGCCAAACUUAGGCUUACUCCUGAAGAGUACCGCUUGACUCAGUGGUUUGUGAGCCGUCACUACCUGGUGGGUGUGGUGGUGGGUGCCGUGGUGGGCUGUCUUGGUGAAGUGGGGGAGGUGCAGCGCGCAGGUGUUGCUCUUCUCAGGGACCUCCUUGCCAAGCACUCCAUGGACGACCGCUACAUGCAAGAGAACCAACAGGGCCGGAUCGCUUGCCUAUAUUUGCCCAUCGUGGGCGUCUUGCUAGACAACAUCAACAGACUGACGUGGCCCAGCAGCCGCCCUCUGCACCAGACGCCUGCCGCGCCCUUGGGGCCACGCGCCCCUACGCCAGAGACCAACGCCAUCAGGAAGACCGAGGCUCGCAGCAGCACCAGAAGCAAGAACAACCGGGUGACGUACGCCAGCAGCGUGGACGGUGGGACGACGCCCGUCGCCCAGACGCCAUCGCGCGGCACCUCCUUACGCCUUGACAUGACGACGCCCUCGACCCCUCACGCCCCUCGCACCACUCACGCCCUCUCCUCCCAGAACAGCAUCAACUCCUACGCCUCAAAUCAGCUCUCCUUCAUCUCACACACGCCAUCAGCCGCGUCACAUCACAGCGAGGCCUCCUACCUCUCCCUCAUCGCGGGGCCUGGGGGCUUUGGGAUUGCUCCUGGUGGGGGGUUCUUCUUAGGACGUCCUGGUGGUGUGGGGGAGCUUUUCUCAAGAGGGGGUACCGCCCUUUUGCUAAGUCCUGGCCGGUCGUCCACCAGCCUGGAGAGCGAGGACGUACCUCCUUCCGUGACGGCGUCUGAGACGACACUGGAGGAAGACAGCGAGGACAAGGACGACAGGGAGUCCAAAACUCAUUCGAGGCAGCUGAGCGUGUCAUUCGCUGGCGAGUGCAGCGGCGUUAAUGGCGAGUUUAGUGAAGUGAAGCGCUACGACAAACUCAGACCCACGCCAGAGCUGCUGCUGUGCCUCCUGCAGGUGCUGAGGCAUGUCCCCCAGCAGCACAUGGUGGGCUACUGGACCACACUCAGCAACGAGGCGCUCCUAGACUUCCUCACGCUUCUGCACCUGUGUUUGGAGCACUUCCGCUACGCCGGUAAGCGUGCAGCGCUACGGCAGCUGCCCGGCAGCCAACUGCAGCAGGCGCAGCGCGGCAGCGCCUCCAGAAAGUCUUCCACGCUCCCAGCCAAGCUCCAGCCCCCCUUCAGCAGCAUGGCGCCUGGCAGCACCGACACAUAUCCUGGUCCCUCAUCUUCUUGCCUGACGACGAGCAGCUCAAGUGGCAGCAACAGUAGCGGGUUUGCGUGGCAGCGGUCACUGCAAGACGCUAAUCUUGCCACCCAAGUGGGCCUCGUGGUGCUGGACACACUCAGCACACUCAUGACCCACUGCACUGAGAGGCUUGUAGAGCCCGCCAGCGAGGCGCUGCUUAAUAAGACAGUCGGGCUACACCUGAUAAUGCUGCAACUCGGCCAGUCCGAGACGCUGCAGAAGCACAUCUUCGCUGCCCUGCGCGGCUACAUUGAGACCUUCCCAGACACGCUUUUCCAAGGCGAUGCAAGCGUAUGUGGUUGGCUGUGCUUCGAGCUGCUCAAGAGCUGCAACAGCAAACUGAGCAGCGUGCGGCAGGAGAGCAGCGCUGUGCUCUACCUGCUCAUGCGCGCCAAUUACUUGCAUUGCCAGCACGCCGGCAUCAACAGAGUCCAUCUGCAGGUGAUCAUCUCAGUAUCUCAGCUGCUGGGCGAAGCGAUGGGUCUGAACAACGCCCGCUUCCAGGAGAGCAUGGCGCUCAUCAAUAACUAUGCCAACACAGACAAAGCCAUGCAAAAUACCGGUUUGAUGACCGAAGUACGCGACCUGACUACGCGGGUGCGCACUGUGCUUGUGGCCACGGCGCAGAUGGCGCACCACAGCAACGAUCCUGAGAUGCUGUGUUCCCUGCAGCACUCGCUGGCAGCCUCGUACGCCGCGACGCCACAGCUACGCAUCACGUGGCUUCAUGCCAUGGCCAGGCUGCACCUGCAGCACCGCUGCAUCUCAGAGGCCGCAAUGUGUGAGGUGCACAUCGCGGCGGUGAUGGCGGAGUACCUGAAGGGUGAGAAGCUGUACAGUGAAGGCUGUGCCCCCUUCAACAUCAUUAGCCCCAACAUCCUCAAGGACGAGAACAACACACGUACCGAUCACGCAGCUUUUCUGGCCAACGAGUGGCUGGGAGGCCAAACAGACACCGUGUUCACGCUGGACUCCCUCAUCACGCAACUAGAGUGCUGUGCUCUCAUGCUUGACAAAGCUGAGCGAUAUGAACAGCUCGGAAAUUUGUAUCGCAUCCUGGUGCCAAUAUACGAAGAGCGUCGCAACUACUCAGCUCUGGUGCACUGCUACUCGCACCUCUACCAAGCCUACACACGCGUAGUUGAAGUCAACAACUCGCGCAAGCGCCUCCUGGGCACUUACUUUAGGGUGGCUUUUUAUGGAGUGCUGCACUUCGAAGACGAGGCUGGUAAAGAGUAUAUCUACAAAGAGCCUAAAGUAACCUCCCUGGCCGAGGUAUCCGAACGUCUUUACCAACAGUACUGCGACAAAUUCGGCAAAGAAAACGUCAAGAUGAUCAUGGACUCGAACGCAGUGGACUUGGAAGAGCUUGAUCCUCGUCUUGCUUACGUGCAAGUAACGCAUGUCGUGCCUUAUUUCAACGAUGAGGAGAAUCUCCAAAGACAAACUGAGUAUGAGCGCAACAACAACAUAAAUCAAUUUGUUUUUGAGACGCCUUUCACGCGUCCUUCUGAAGACGAGGAACUCGACACGAACAGCUUGUCCAGCGGUUCCGAUGUACGAACUAAGACAAAGCCCAAAGCUCAUGGACGUUUGCAAGAUCAGUGGAAGAGGCGGGUCAUCGUAACGACCAGUUAUUGCUUCCCUUACGUCCAGAAACGCAUCCCAAUCAUCGACUGCAAAGUGCGUGAAAUGUCGCCUAUUGAAGUUGCCAUUGACGAAAUGCAGGGACGAGUGAAGGAACUAAACGACGUCAUCAAUAAGAAACCCACUGACAUCAAGAAACUACAGUUGAAACUGCAAGGCAGCAUAAGUGUUCAAGUUAAUGCUGGACCUCUAGCUUACGCCACCACCUUCCUCCAGGAUGUUCUGAUCCCUUCUCACUCCCCCACCCCAUCUACCACUGCCAUGGACUCCGUAUCAAUGGCUUCAGAGGGCACAGCGUAUCCUGUGAACCAAGUCUCGCGUCUCAGAGAGCUCUACAGGCAAUUCAUGGUGACGUGUAAGGUGGCGUUGGAGUUGAAUGCUCAGCUCAUAGGCCCAGACCAGAGCGAAUAUCAGAUGGCGUUGGAGGCGACAUAUGGCGAGCUUCAGAGCGCUCUGGAGGCCGUGUUGGGGACGGAGGGCGGGGCGUUGCUGCACUCCGACCACAGGAAUAACCGCACGAGCCAAGUGAGCUGCGCCAGCCACCCUGGCGGCGCCUACUUCAGCCUCUUGGGAGGCUAUGGCGGCUCAAGCAUGGAGUGCUGAGAGUCCACAACGGCAAUGACGAUUAUCUCAGUUUCAAGGGCUUCAUUGCUCUAUGAACUAAGUUAAUUUUUUUGCGUCUUCACCAUGCGUUUUCAGCGUAUUGCAGCUAUAAUAUUUUAGUACUCUAAAUAUGAAAAUACUCAGUGCCGUAAGGCCAGUUUUUAUCCAGUAACUUAUUGUUUAAAAUUCCUUUCAUCACCGCCAUUGGCCACAGAAAAAUCACGAAAAUAUUAAAUAUUGGAGAAUUGUCCGCAAGUUAACCAAAAUUAACCAGUACUGGACGGUUUGCAUUUCUCAUCUGGGAAGCGACGAAUCGGCAGGAAAAAUAAUUGAUCGCUUUUCUGUGUGCGUUGUUUUAUCUUCGUGACAAAUGACGAUGGCACGACUAAAUUUCGCAUAUUUUAAAACGUCGGUGAAGUUCCGGAUGACAGCUAAAGUACAACUUGUCUGUGCAACUUCUUGUACAAAUUGUUUAUUUUUUAGCCAAAGAAAUGCGAAGCGUGUUUUUUAUUUCUACACUAAUAAAUUUUUUUACGUGACAUUUCUUAAAUGGCAACGAUUUUAGUUCGUAAUUUAAUAUCUAUAUCGAUUAACAUGGUCGACUUCAAUACUCACUUUGUUAGAAUGUCUAAUUGGGCCUAAUGGGUUCUAAUGCAAUUCUAAUAAUAAUUAUUAUGACUUACUUUAUAUGAUAACUUAAUUUCUUUUUGUACUAACGCACGUUCUCGUUUUUUGCUGUGAAGCGUUAAUAUAGUUCCUAAUGCCAAUUCUUACUUAGCACGUGUUCUUUUUUGCGUCUUGAAUUUAAUGGCAGCUUAGAGUAUCAGUAUGAAGCUUUUACCGUUAUUGACUCGUCUUACGAUCUUGAUUUGUAAGGUGUACAAGUUAGCUGCUAUUUACGAGAUGUAUGAUCUUCCUAUGAAUCAUUCCUUCGCAACAAUACGUGAAAGAUAAUAAGUAUGACCUUAUUCGUCACGCUAUAUGGAAUUUAGAUAGCCUAAUAAUAGCUUUUAAUAAAAUGAGUAUUAUGAAUGAAUCUCAGCGACGUUUGUCAUGAAUUAGCGAUUAAAUGUUCGAAUUAUUACUGGAAUAGGAAGUACGAUUUCAAUUUGCCGUGUCUUGUGUCAGCCGCAGUAGUAAACCUAUGCACAAAUUGUUCAACUAAGUUGAACACAUGCUCCGUGCAAUACAGGCAACAAUGUGUCUUAAUUACUAUCUAAAAUUCUAUAUCACGAAUGUUGUGGGGACAAAUUAUUAUCUUACGUAGGUUAGUACAUAAUUUCAAGUUUUUCGUUUUAACGGUGCAUAUUCAGUUUUAGUCGAUAAACUGCCGUUGUGAUCCACCAAUGAAGGAUCUACUGUAGUGUCAUAAUAUUUCUGCAACAAACAGUACGUACCAUGGCGUCUCGGAUAGGCAUUAUGUACGGGCUGACAUUUAAGCCUGAACAAAUUUCACAUUUUCCAGGCCCCUUUUCGUGUACGCUUUUCUAACUCUAACGCGUGGAAUAUCUUGAAUGUUGAUAAUUUUUUAAGAGCAAUACAUUGUGACUUCAGGACAGCAACAUGUCAGACAUAACAGUACUUGCAGAAAUUCUCUUUAGCGAAUUUAGUUUAAACCAUACCUGUGCCAUUCUAACAUAGUAUGAACUGACGUGCGACAAUAUGUAUUCAUGUUUCCACGUAACCCAUGACAUUGUUUAUAUCAAUCCUAAUCCAUAGGUAAUGUCAAUCUUUUCAAUGUGAAAUUAUGUCUGUCUAGAAAAUGAGCGAUAUAAUCCUUUUUCAUCUUUAGACGCUAGCGAAGAACCAUUCAGUACUCUCAGCGUACCAUUCAAUUGUGUUGACAUGAGCAGGUUCAAUAAAAAUCGUUCUGGA